AUGGCUACUUAUUCUCCUCCUCGAUCCGAAACCCCAAACCCCCACGUAGCAGUCCUUCCAAGCCCUGGCAUGGGCCACAUCAUCCCCUUAUGGAACCUUGCAAAUCGUCUCGCCACCGACCAUGGCUGCCAUGUCAGUUACCUCAACAUCACUGCUGAAGCGUCCCCUGCACAGAUCCAGCUCCUAAGCUCACCGAACCUCCCUCCGACCCUUCACGUCAUCGAUAUUCCUCCGGCUAAAGAACCAACCCAAUUGCCUGACGACACCCUGGCUUUCACCCGCCUCUGCCACAUAGUUGAUGACAACCUCCGGGAACUGAAAUCCAUACUCCUCGAUCUCGGAAAGCCCAAAGCUCUCGUCAUUGAUAUCUUUUGCACCCAAGCUUUCGAGGUUUGUAAAGAGCUUUCGAUUCCUGUAUACACCUUUUAUACUGCUUCCGCUGCUCUUUUUGCUUUCUCGCUUUAUCUUCCUGUUAUGGAUCAUGAGAUUGAAUGCGAGUUCGUUGAUCUUCCCGAACCGGUUCGGGUCCCGGGUUGUUCACCAAUUCGGACGGAAGACCUCAUCGUCCAAGUAAAGAACCGAAAAAUUGAGGAGUACAAAUGGUUUUUGCUUCACUCCACCCGGCUUCCCAUGGCGGCUGGAAUGUUGUUGAACACUUGGAAAGAAUUUGAACCUAUCACACUCAAAGCCAUAAAAGAGAACCCUUUUUAUCACCAAAUCCCUGCACCACUCUCUUAUCCGAUCGGGCCGUUGAUAAAAGAGACUGAGCCGAUUACUCAAUCCGGCGCUGACUGCCUAGCAUGGCUUGACAACCAACCUCCAGAGUCGGUCGUCUUCGUGGCGCUCGGCAGUGGUGGGAGCCUUACGGCAGCGCAGCUGACCGAAGUGGCAUGGGGACUCGAACUCAGUGGGCAGCGGUUCAUUUGGGUGAUUCGUGCCCCGAACGACGUAGAUCCUACGGCAGCGUUUUUUAACGUGGGUGACAAGACAAACAACCCCAAAACUUUUUUACCGGAAGGGUUCUUGGAGAGGACCAAAGAAGUAGGUCAUUUGUUGUCGUCGUGGGCCCCGCAGUGUGAGGUGCUCCGCCACCAGUCAACUGGUGCGUUUUGGUCACACUGCGGAUGGAACUCAACUCUGGAGAGUAUGACAUAUGGGGUUCCGAUGAUUGCAUGGCCGCUUUACGCCGAGCAGAGGAUGAACGCCUCGGUUCUGGCAGAAGACGUCGGCGUGGCCGUCAAGCCAGCGGUGAAUCCAGAAAAGGGAGUCGUUUCGAGAGAAGAGAUUAAGAGGGUAGUGACUACGAUAAUCAAAAGUGAAAAAGGGAAGGACAUGAGGCGUAAAGCUAGAGAGCUCAGUGAAAGUGCUGCAACAGCAUUGAGCAGAAGCGAAAAUGGAUCUUCUUAUGAGUCACUUGUUCGUGUGGUCCAGGAAUGGAAAGGAAAUUAGGUUUACAAUAAUGCGUUUGCUAAGUAAGUACAUUGUGAUAGCCUGGUUUUUGUUUUUAAGUUGUUUUACCGUCUUCUGUCCGGAGGCGGAUCCUCUGUCCAAAUUGGCUGUCCAAUUCUCUGUCCGGAGGGGGAUCCGAACACUGUGCCAACAUCAGCGUUGCCAUUUCUUUAUGUAUGUGGGUCCCAACUCUGUCUUUCGGCAACGUUCUCCACCGUUGGCAACUUUG